AUGGGCGCGGCCAUCGCUCACGAGCACGCCGGCAUCACCAAGCUCGCUGAAAACCUCCGCAAGAUGCUUCAGGACAUCGAGGGCAAGGUGCUGGCGGAGAUGCAGGCCAAGACGAGCCUCGAAGCGCAGCUCCGGCUCGAGUUCGGCCAGCUGCUGGACGAGAACAUCGGCCGGUGGCGGGACGAGGAGCACAAGCACCGCGACGACUACGAGACCGAGCUGCGCCGCGCCUGGGAGGGCAUGGAGGCCCGCUGGGCCGAGCUCACCUCGCUCUUCCAGGGCGAGCGCGCCCUCGAGACCUCCGACGAGUGGCGGCCCUACGUGCCCUACGAGAUCCCCGUCCCGCCGGCCGUCAACCCGACCGCGGCCGGCACUACGCUCGACCUCCCGCCGGCCAUCCUCCUCACCGCCCGCAACUCGGCCUAUCUCCCGCGGCAGGAGGGGCAGUCUAUCGUCGCUGCCCAGCCGUCGGCCAAGGCAGCCCAGCAGGGCGGCCUGCGCAAGCGCGGACCGGAGAUCGCCCAUAUCUUCGUGUGGGAGCGGGCGGGCCACGUCAACCUGCUCUACGACGACUUCGCGGCGUCGCUCCACCCGAUUCAGGAGGGCGACGGCCAAAGGCGCAAGCCCAACGCGCCCCAGCCGGCGGGCCGGACGGACUACACGCUGCUGCCGGACCGCAACGCGUCGCGGGGCCACCACUACUACUCGCACCUCAUGAUGAUGCCUCAGCUCGGCGCGCCGGCGCUCUCCACCACCGCCUUCGCGACGCCGCCCAUCGCCUUCCUCCCCAUCGGCGAGCGCGGCUUGGCUAUCAUCCACGGUGCCAACUGGGACAACAGCGUGGUGGUAGGCAACAUGGAAGAUGGCUCGGCCGCCCUUCGCUUCAUCCGACACCGAGAUGUGGUGACCUGCCUGUCGCUCUCUGCGGACGGCCACACGCUGUUGACGGGCGCCAAGGACGCGACGCUCAUCUUGUGGAACAUACAGCCGCCCGAAACGAAGCAACAGGGCCUCUUCUCGAGCAUUUUUGCGGGCAAGGAACUGCCGCUGCCUCGCCUCGUCUACAAGUUCACGCUCGUGGGCCACGACGACGCCAUCACCUGCUGCGACUUUUCCGCCGAGCUCAACGUGUGCGCUUCGGGAUCGAACGACGGCACGGCGCUGGUGUUUGACGUCGACACGGGUGUCAUCAUGGCGUCACUCUACUACGGCGAUGCCACCGAGGCGGCGGCUAGCGGUUCGCAGGCGUCGUCGCGGCCGCUGCGCGCCAUCACCCACAUCAAGGUGAUCGGCCACCGCACCGCCACGGGCGAGCGCGUGGGCAAGGUGGUCUCCUACUGCGGCGAACAGGGCAUCUUCUAUCUCCACGCCCUCGACGGCCGCCUGCUCGCCAUGAAGCACGACCUGCCCUCGCCUUCAUCAUCUUCAUCAUCGUCGUCGUCGUCAAGCGAUGGCGGCGACGCGUACGUCAAGUCGAUGGUCUUCACGCGCAAUGGACGAUAUGCGGUGAGCGGCCGGAGCGACGGGCUGGUGGUGUUGUGGAACCUCGAUGACCUAUCCGUGCGCGACUCGAUGGACAUGGGCGCGCAGCGCGGCGGCGCGGGCGAAGCGGGUGCCAUCACGUCGGAGGAGGUCACCGCCCUGGGCCUGCACGACGACCGCCUCCUGCUCGUCGGGCUCAAGAGCGGACUCCUCCGCACAUUCCCCCUCGCCCUCUGA